AUGGGAAGGAUCGUGGAAUUGGGAUCCGUCCGCCAGCUGGUCGAUACGUACGUGAAAACUUACCUUCGCGAAGGUGAGCGUUGGCUGCAGAAGCGCAAGACGCGAGUCGUCCGCCACAACUUGGAGCCGCAAUUUAAGCAGACCCUGCGCUACAACGCUAGCGACGUGCUAGGGCGUACAUUGCUUGUGAUGUUGUGGGAGCACCAAAAGGGCUUCGAACACAACCAGGGGCUUGGCGGGGCGGAGGUGGCAUUGGACAAAUUGCAACUGACGCAGACUACCACAGGUUGGUACACUCUCUUCCCAAUCCACAGCCUGGGCUCCGACUCCAACGAUUCUCCCUGACAACUCGGGCGAAUAGAAGCGUUCUC